GACCCUGGGAGCGCAGCGUGGCCGCCCGCCGCACACGACAGAGGAGCUGAAUGAACUUUAAAUCUGCCUCCCAACUUUCCGCCUCUCUCCUCCCGUCGGUCUCUCCCCCCCAACCACCGCCGCCCCCACACUCACUCACCCCCCUCCACACAAUCUCUUCCUCUCCCGCCUCCGCCGCUCCGCAGGUGAAAACCCAGAGGCAGAUCUCAGCCAUGGAUUUACUGCGAUCACGAUCCGAGUGCUGAACCGUCACAUCUUUCCACUCGUCCGGAUUUCCAGGCGCUUUUUGCGGAUGAUCAUCAGCGUCGUGAGGCGAGAUGAUGGCUUCAAUAGGCGAAUUCGACCCUCUGAACACCAGAGUCCCUGCAACUAAAAUAGAAGUUACUGUGUCCUGCAGGAGUCUGCUGGAUGUAGAUACAUUCUCCAAGUCAGAUCCUGUGGUUGUGUUAUAUGUGCAAGGUGUGGGAACCAAAGAGUGGAGGGAGUUUGGCAGGACAGAAGUUAUUGACAACACCCGAAACCCCGAUUUUGUCAGGAAGUUUGUGCUGGAUUUCUUCUUUGAAGAGAAGCAGAAUCUAAGGUUUGAUGUGUACAAUGUGGAUUCUAGAAGCUGUAACAUAUCCAAACACAAGGACUUUUUGGGCCAGACGUUCUGUACCCUUGGAGAAAUAAUCGGCUCAACAGGAGGACGGCUGGAAAGGACCCUGUCUGGGAUACCAGGGAAGAAGUGUGGAGUCAUAAUCUUGGCAGCGGAGGAGCUCAGUAACUGCAGGGAUAUCGCUACCAUGCAGUUGUGUGCCAACAAGCUGGAUAAGAAAGACUUUUUCGGAAAGUCUGACCCUUUCCUGGUGUUUUACCGCAGUAAUGAGGACGGAACGUUCACCAUCUGCCACAAGACGGAGGUGAUCAAGAACACGCUGAAUCCGGUGUGGCAGUCCUUCACCAUCCCCGUCAGAGCCCUCUGCAACGGCGACUAUGACAGGACUGUGAAGGUGGACGUGUACGACUGGGAUCGAGAUGGAAGCCAUGACUUCAUUGGAGAGUUCACCACAAGUUACAGAGAGCUGUCCAGGGGGCAGAAUCAGUUCAAUGUCUAUGAGGUUUUAAACCCCAAGAAGAAAGGCAAGAAGAAGAAAUACAUCAAUUCUGGGACUGUAACUCUGUUGUCCUUCAAAGUGGAGUCAGAGUAUACCUUUGUGGAUUUCAUCCGCGGAGGGACACAACUGAACUUCACCGUAGCGAUUGACUUCACAGCGUCUAAUGGUAACCCAUCCCAGCCCACCUCCCUCCACUAUAUGAGUCCCUACCAGAUGAAUGCAUAUGCCAUGGCCCUGAAAGCAGUGGGGGAGAUUAUCCAGGACUACGACAGUGACAAGCUCUUUCCUGCCUACGGUUUUGGAGCUAAGCUGCCCCCUGAUGGCAAAAUCUCCCACGCCUUCCCACUGAAUGGCGACAGCGAUCAGCCAAACUGUGUGGGCAUAGAGGGAGUUCUGGAGGCCUACUUCCAGAGCCUGAGGACAGUGCAGCUGUAUGGACCCACCAACUUCGCACCAGUUAUCAACAAAGUAGCAAACUGUGCAGCAGAGAUUACAGAUGGCUCUCAGUACUUUGUCCUGCUGAUGAUCACAGAUGGAGUGAUAUCUGACAUGGUCCAGACCAAAGAGGCAGUGGUCAACGCAGCAUUACUUCCUCUGUCCAUAAUCAUUGUUGGUGUCGGCCCUGCUGAGUUUGACGCGAUGGAGGAGCUUGAUGGAGACGAGGUGAGAGUAUCCUCCAGAGGACGUCUUGCUGAGAGAGACAUUGUUCAGUUCGUUCCGUUCAGAGACUACAUCGACAGGUCCGGUAACCAGGUGCUCAGCAUGGCCCGGCUGGCCAAAGACGUCCUGGCCGAGAUCCCUGACCAGCUGCUGUCAUUCAUGAAGAGUCGAGGAAUCGAACCGCGACCGGCCCUUUCCUCCUCCCCCCUACCGGCGCUGCACCGGCACAUCUGACCCACACAAUCCCCAACAUCUUCUCCAUCUCUGUCUCCUUUUUUCCCCUUCCUCUGGUUUCUCUUAUCCUCCAUUUCUUUGCCACUUUAAAAAGAAGGAAGCAUCAACCUGCUGCUCUCUCACCCAGAGUCUAAACAGACGCCUCCCUUCAGCACAGCGGGGGCUCAUCCUCCACUCACCUGCUGCUGUAACUCAUCUGUUCCUCUCCCUCCUCUUAAUAUUCGGUUACAUUGUUAAAGAGCGUUGGGACCGACCCCCUGAGUGGGACCUUCUGGAACAUUCACAGCUGGAUGUUUAGGAUGUUUUCCCACCUCAUAGUCGGUAGACUUGGUUCUAUUGGCGACCAAAACAGAAAUAUUUGUUAGAUUUUCAGCUGUUGCGGUUCCCUUUUACACUGCACUUCGUCAAACAAUCCAAACUCUUUGGAAAACCUGGUCCCCUCCUCGCCUGUGGUGGCGCUACAUCAAGAACCACAGAAGGAAACAACAC